CGCCGUCUCCCUCCCAUUCCCACCAAGCAAAGAAACCAGUUCUUCUUUCCUUACCAAUCUUUCUAACUUUCUGCUUGUUUCCCGGGAAAAUCACCAGAGAAAAAAAAAAACAGGGGGCAUUCCUCAAUUUCCUUACGAUUUAUAUACACAGGGGGCAUUCCUCAAUUUCCUUACGAUUUAUACACAUAUAUUGAAAUGGCAGCGGAAACGAACUCCAAGAGCGAUACUUUGACGCUUGAGAAAGUGAGAGAGGCGCUGAUUAAACAAGAAGACACCAUAAUUUACCGGCUGAUUCAGAGAGCAAACUUCCCUUUGAAUUCUCCGGCGUACGACGAGAAAGCGUUUCCAUCGUUUUCUGGUUCUCUGCUUCAGUUCGUUGUUAAGGAAACAGAAGCCCUCCAAUCCAAGGUUGGUAGGUAUGAAAAUCCCGAAGAACUUCCGUUUUCGCCGGAAAGUUUACCGCCUUCAUUGCUGCCGCCACCGGAAAAUCCACCGGUAUUGCAUCCUGCUGCAGCUUCGAUCAACAUAAACGGAAAGAUAUGGGAUUUCUAUUUCGACGAAUUGCUUCCUCUGUUUGCAGCCACCGGUGACGAUGGAAGCUAUGCGUCAACUGCUUCUAAUGAUCUUGAUUGCUUGCAGGCUAUCUCUAGACGAAUUCAUUACGGAUACUAUGUUGCCGAGGUUAAGUUUAAAGAUUCCCCUCAAGACUACGAGCCUGCGAUUCGCGCUCAGGAUAGGGAGGGUUUGAUGAAAUUGUUGACUUUUGUGGACGUGGAAGAGAAGGUGAAGAAACGAGUUGAGAAGAAGGCAAUGGUGUUUGGGCAAGAAGUAAGCCUGAUGGACAAUGCCAACACUAAAACAUACAAGGUUGAUCCGUCGAUAGUUUCUCGCCUCUACGGAGAAUGGAUAAUGCCACUCACGAAGCUCGUUCAGGUUGAGUACCUCCUUCGUCGGCUUGACUAGAUUCACUCUGCCUAAAUUUUUUGUGUUCAAAAUUCUUGUAGUGACGAAAGGUUCAUAUUUGAACCGUUUAAUGUGUACAACGUCAUUUAUCUUCGAAAUUUAUGACGCGAUUAGAUAAUAACACAAAAGUUGUUAAUA